UGUGACGCACAUCCUUAUUGAACGAACACAUGGAUGAAAAACAUCGUGAUUAAAAUCCCUGCGCUUUAGUUAGUCGAAAUGCGCAUUGAAAAGUGUUACUUUUGCUCCGGACCGGUCUACCCGGGUCAUGGAAUGAUGUUUGUUCGUAACGACUGCAAGGUCUUCAGAUUUUGCAAGUCAAAAUGUCACAAAAACUUCAAGAAGAAGCGCAACCCAAGAAAGACAAGGUGGACGAAGGCGUUCAGAAAAGCAGCUGGCAAAGAGUUAACAGUGGAUAACGCCCUGGAGUUUGAGAAGCGCAGAAAUAUUCCAAUCAAAUACCAGAGAGAGCUGUGGAGCAAGACGGUGGAGGCAAUGAAGAAGGUUGAGGACAUCAAGCGCAAACGACAGGCCCGCUUCAUCAUGAACAGACUGAAGAAGGGCAAGGAACUGGAGAAGGAAGAGGCCAUCCAGGAGGUCAAGAAAAACAUCCACCUCAUCAGAGCACCACAUGCUGGCAAAGGCAAAGCCAUGGAGGAGAAGAUGGUCCAAAAGCUACAGGAAGACGUGGACAUGGCUGAUGACUAAGCAGAGGGCAGUUUGGCUCCAACCUUAUCGUGUGUGUGUGUGUGUGUGUGUGUGUGUGUGUGUGUGUGUGUGUGUGUGUGUGUGUGUGUGUGUGUGUGUGUGCGUGUAAAGAGAGAGAUGAGUACUGCUCAUCGGAGGAGCCUAGUGUGUGUGCCCCCCUCAGUUUCACUUGUGGACAUGAGACGCAGGAGACUAUGACUAGUGUGGCAAACCACACUAUAGCACCCCCUACCCUGCAACCACACACUCCCACCCUCUCAUGCCAACCCUGCAUUGUGGGAUGUGUCUACUUUCUCCUGGACCUGAGGAGAAAUGGAAGAAGGUUCACCUGCUAAAACAAAUGACAUUUUUCUUGGAGCUCUAACUAGUUUAGAGAUGUUGGAGGUGUUUAUCCAAACCUUUCUGUCGGAGUCAGUGAUGCAUUGUAGUUGCUUUGUUUAACAACAGUACAACCCAACUGUACCACAAAUGGGUGUUCUUUUGUUUGAAAUAAAUAUUGUGACCUUUUUGUUUUCC